AUAUCUCACUAUCGCACAUGUCGCACAAAUAUUUGAAAUGUUAUUUGACCGAAACACUCAAUUGCUUUCUUUUACUUGAAAUUUUAUUUAAACAGAUAUCACGACAUAUUUUCAAAACGGGAUCUGCGUUUAAAGGUUGACAAAAAGAUUAAGAAAAAAUUAAACCUAAUGCAACUACAAUUGUAUUGGUACUGAUGUAUUCGAAUUCAUUGACAGUCAUUAACUGGUCCAUUCUCAAAUUUUCCCAAAUAUUGUACCCUUUUCAGCUACAUUACAUGCAUGAUAUUUACUGUACCAAUUAAAUAAAUAUUGUGUUCUCCAUGUUGUCACAAAUUUAGACAAUUAUUCUUUUUUUCCGGUGGUGAAGUAGAACAUACUUCUUCACAAACGUUAUUUCAAAGGUCAGUCAUAUCUGAGUGGAUAUCUUAUGCAUUUUGAGGUAUUUGAAUUUUCCUCGUGAGAUUAUUCUGCCAACUGAAUUCCGAUCAGAAUCUAUUGAUUCUGUUUAUGGUAAAUGGUAGGAAUUUAUUUACAAUUGUAAUCGCAGUUCGUUUAAGUGAGCUACAGUCAAAUACGCAUACUGAAUCGAGUAGGUAUAUGUAUAGAGGGUAGGGAUUUCUUGGAGAUGAUGACUCGGAGAUUAGGUUCAGUAUAGUUCGACCGUCUUGACCAUUCGUGUCGUAUAUUCUGCAGUUGAAAACUGUACGGUCAAACACAAUUGAAAUCUUCUGACAAAGCAACACGCGAUAUAUAUAUUAACAAAAAUACGAGCAGCCCAAAAAUUCGCGUUCGAAGUCUAGGUACGUUCUCAAAUUUCCAACGUCUGUAUGUAAAAUUGAGUAAUUUUUUUUCUAAAAAAUAUUCCACAUUUGCAUCAGUUUUCUCAAACGGUCUUAACAAUCCUCACCAGGGGCGAGUUCAGCCUCACAUAAGGCCGGCCAAUAACCGCGACCGACCAAAAAGGCUGCAAAACAACAACGGACUUGGACCGACAAAAAACAAAUUAAUUAUUCAGCGCUGCAGGCUCGUAGUGUGUCUUCAAGUCUCUCAAAAAAAAAAAUUUAACCAGGGAUAAAUUUCACCAGUAUUUCCAAAAUCUCAAAAGUUUUUUCAAGUUAUGAUUGAUUGUGAUUUUCAAUUUUAUUCUGGUGUUCCAGCAAUGCACGGGCUGCCAAAUUCUCUGAAUCUAAAUCUGAUUGCGAGAGCUUCAAAAGUAUUACCCCUGUUUUUUAGUCGUGACUUACAAUUAGCUCCAUUCGCUGUGUAAGGUGCGCUCGGAUAAGACUGGCUUACUGAAUGCGUUACAAUAUAGGUAAAUACAUGCAACGUGUGCAAAUUAAUAUUACGCACAGUAAGUUUCGCGUGUAAAUUGGACUCAGUUUCAUAUAGAUCAUCAACUGCGAGUAAACGAGAACAAGGAUAAAAUUUGAAGCAUAAAACCUUUAAAAAAAUGCAGAGGCGCCAAAUAUUUCACAACAUUUCCGGAAUAUAUUCAGGCAUAUGCCAUGGUAGGAUAUUAGCCGAUUUAACGAUGGUAAAAAACUGUAGCAUCGGAAAUGAGAGACCGCAGAGUGAAAGAACUAGACAUCCUACACUGCGGUACACGUUUUGCAACUACAGAUCAGACGGGCCUUGCCGGUCGCAAUUGGAAAUAUUGGAAAAAAAUACGAAAAAACGCGACGACGGUAAUUUUAAAGACCUGAGUAGACGUGCUAGCCGUGUCCCCGAUAACGUGACAAUUUCCAGAUUACUGAAAAAUAUAGCAAAAAGACCAACAUUCCGAAAUUACGCUACUUCAGUUUCUUCGACAAUCACACCGAAAAUGCCGGAACCCCAAGGGCUACCUUUGAUCGGUACAACAUUUUCCCUAAUUCGAGCUGGUGGUGCAUCAAGACUUCAUGAAUACGUAGAUAAAAGACACAAGGAAUUGGGGCCAGUAUACAAGGAACGUAUGGGAUCAGUAACUGCAGUUUUUGUCAGCUCACCGAAUGAAUAUCGAAGAAUUUUUCGACUUGAAGGUCCCAGACCGAAGCAUCUUCUACCGGAAGCAUGGAUUCUGUACAACAAGAUGCGGAAAUGUGAACGUGGAUUAUUCUUCAUGGAGGGCGACGAGUGGUUGCAUUUCCGAAGAAUUAUGAAUAAAUUAUUGCUGAGACCAGAAUCGGAUGAUUUUAUCUUAGAACCUUGCAAGCAAUCUGCGAAAAGCUUAGUGGCACAGUGUAAAUCCUAUGCUGAAAAAGGCGUAGCUAUUCCUCGACUCGAAGAAAAAUUAUAUCAAUGGUCAAUCGAAGUAAUGAUGGCUGUCCUCGUCGGUUCAACCUGGCCUCAGCACAGAUCGAAUAUCUUAUCACGAUCGGAAAAAUUGGCAACCAAUUUGCGUAAUAUUUUCCAUUAUUCUGGACAGCUCUCUUUGCUACCGGUAAAAUUGGCGAUGAAUUUAAAGCUUCCAUUGUGGAAUAAAUUUGUCACCUCGGUAGACAUAGCUCUGGGAAUAGUACGAGAAUUAGUGAAGGAAAUGAUAAAAUUGGAGGGUGAUGGUUUGAUAAAAAUUUUCAUGACCGAGAACAUCCAAGACGAUGACUUGAUCAGAAUCGUAGCUGACCUGAUUUUAGCUGCUGGGGACACGACGGCCUAUUCCAUGCAAUGGGGUCUUUUCCUCAUAGCAAGCGAGCCAAAAAUUCAGAAGGAACUAUUUGAGAAUUUAGAACCCAUGAAUGAAGAUGACCUGAUUCAAAAUCCUUUGUUAAAAGGUGUAAUAAAAGAAGCUCUGAGAUUGUAUCCAACAGCGCCGUUCUUAACACGAUUUUUACCAGACGAUAGCCUCGUGGGAGGAUAUCACGUAGCAAAAGGGAAUCUGAUUCUGAUGUCGCUGUACACAAGCGGGCGUGAUGAGAAUAAUUUCAAAAACGCCGGAAAUUUCUCACCCACGCGUUGGUUGAGGAAUGAAAAGGGCGAGUACAACGGAGUUAUAAAUCCACACGCAUCUUUGCCAUUCGCUUUAGGUGCCAGAUCUUGCGUUGGGCGAAAAAUUGCAGAAAUGCAGUUGAUGUUAACGAUGGCUGAGAUGAUACGAAAUUUCAAAAUGGAAUGCAUCAACAAAGAUCGUGUGAAAAUGAUUUUGCACCUCGUAUCCGUACCUUCCGAACCCAUUCAAUUGGUGAUGCGAACCAGAUAGUUAAAAAAAUAAAAGGAUUUUUGCUAUUA